AUGUGGGUCGUGGUCCGUCGCAGUGAUUAUUUUGGGCCCUCGGUUGGCCCCUCAGAAAUCGGGUCCUCCACAUCUUCGCCGCCAUGCAUCUUCCUAUAUCAAAGAACAGAGCAGGCCUCUAUUGAAAUUGUGAACUACCCCAAAGAGUCUAAUUGUGAUGUUGAUCUUGGACUUUUAAGAUCUCUGGAAUACAACGGGACUAUAGAUUAUGCGCGAUGGAAUAUCGAAGUCAUGCAGUCGAAGGAAUUUACGGAAUUCUCCGAACGAAUGGACAUCCAACCACCCACAUUUAAUCCUAUUCGACUGGAUACAAAAGAAGACGUCGAGAGGUUAGACCAGGCUCUAUGUUCUCCGCCGAUCACCAUCCAAGCACCCCCACUUAAACCACCUGUCGAUGCCUCCCACAUAAUUUUCGGUGUCGCAACCACGAUCGAACGAUUAGACAGCUCUUUAGAUGCCUUUUCUCGCUGGGCAAGCGGUACGAAAGCCCGGAUUGUCUCGAUCGUUGAACCCGAUGAGUUUCAAAAUGCAACCGAGGUCCUACAACAUGCGGAACAACUGGAUAUUCGUCUUCAUAUCAUUGAGAGCGAGGAGGAGUUUUUGGAUCGAUAUUACAUGCUCACGAGGACUUUGUUGGAAUUGCAUGACGAUACCACGCAAUGGGCUGUGAUCAUCGAUGACGAUACAUUCUUUCCCUCUAUGGAGGGACUCGUCAAUGACCUCACUUCAUACGAUCAUACAAAACCAUAUUACAUCGGAGCACCUACUGAAAGCCUACAGCAAAUGGCCUCGUUCACAUUUAUGGCGUACGGUGGUGCAGGCGUCUUUCUAUCUAUCCCUCUCCUGAAAGAGAUUGAUGUCCACUACGAUGAUUGCUAUGAUAACAAAGACACUGGUGAUAAACGUGUUGCCUGGUGUGUUUAUACAUACACAACCACCAAGCUUACAUGGGACCGACGCCUUUUCCAACUUGAUCUCACAAAUGAUGGGUCGGGCUUUUACGAGUCCGGACGCCCCCUUCCAUUGUCGGUGCAUCACUGGAAAUCUCCCGAUUGGUACCCAGUCGACAUAGUCAACAUGAGCAAAAUUUCCGAUAUCUGCGGCGACGAAUGUCAACUUCGACGAUGGAAGCUAACCGACGAAUGGUUUCUCAUCAACGGAUUCUCUUUGGUCAAAUAUUCAUCUCCGAUGUCGCCGGAAGAUCUGGCUAGUAUAGAACAAACGUGGGAAUAUUACCGGUGGACAGAAGAUGAUCAGUACGGGUUUAGCAUUGGGCCUUUAAGACCGCGGGACAACAAAAAAUUGACGUAUCAACUUAUUGGAGCUGUUUCGGAGAAAAAUCGAGUCCGGCAAAUAUACGCCCGUGAGCCGGAUUGGGGGAACGAUUUGGAAAAUCCGCAGGUGCUGGAGAUAGUUUGGACGCUGACUAGUUAG